UGGGAUGCAGCGUGGCCAUCGACAAGUUUGAAUCUCUCGGCAAAUAUAACGUUCAUCUACUGACGUGAUGCUCUUUUAUGACUGUCUUUCGGUCCCCGAGGAGGGUCGGCCUGGGGGGUGCAGUCGAAGAGGAGCACGCCAUGGCCUCCUGGUUCGGCUGGAGCGAGCCCCACCGGCGGAUCCCCCGCAGGGAGCCGGCCGACGUGGUCACCGACACGCUGAUGGUGGAGCUGAGCUGGCAGCUGAAGGAGGCGGAGAGGCAGCAGAGAGAGAGGGAAAGCCAGUACCGGCGCCUCAAGACCGGCGUGGACUACAGCUGGCUGGCCAGCGCGCCUCGCUCGUCCUACGGCAUCAGCACCGGGGAACGGCUGGGCCUGGAGGACCUCUGCGCCAAGGUGCCGCCAUCUUGCUGCGGCCUGGUCAUACUCAAGUUCCGCGACGCGAUCCGGACCGGCGAGCCAGAAGUGCAGGAGGUGUCGGGGCUCUUCCGCUCAGUCCUCCAGGAGGCCGUUGAGCAACUGAAGGAGGAGGAGGAGGCGCAGCGGCUCGCCCGCCAGUGGAGCAACAAUCGGCCCAAGAGCGUCUCCCUAGUGAACUUCAGGUCGCGCAUCAAGAUCAACCCGUUCGGGAGCGCGGCGGGCUUGAAGUCCACCGACGGGGCCCGCCUGAGCGACCUGAAGACGGUGUCGGAAGAUGUGGAGAGAGGGACCGAGAGGGAGGACAGGGUGUGGAGCAUGCCGGACUUCAGAUACAAAGGAACCAGCGACGGUAAACUCGUCUGACGGGACCGCGAAGGACACAAGGCAGAGGUGACGUGGAGUGUAGCGGCCACAUCUCUUCGAUCGGAUCCAAGGAUUAUCUUGUCGAAAAAAUAGGGUAAAAUAAAAAUGGAAACUCAACUUUGAGGGACAACUGCAAUAUUUAACUUGGGCUGUCACCGUGAAAGCGGCAGACUCGGGUAAGCUAGGUUAGCUUGUUUAGCUCGCGGUUAGCCGCUCAUUUACAAAACUUCAUGUCACUCGCGUGUUCAAUUGAAAUGAUAAAAAGUAUUUGAAAAUAUGUAGAGUGGCAGAAUAUUAAGAAAUGUGAAUUUCUAAAGUGUUAGUAUAGCUAUGUACAGAGCGGCUAAUGUGCGAGUACAUGUUUGCGACUGGGCCAGAUUUAGAAAUUUUAGCAGGUUGUUGACAUUUUGAAGUAGUUUGGAACUCGGACACAAAUGACUUACUCCCAAUUCUGUAGUUCAUCUGCAGCAUGUUCACUCAGUACCAUGGCGAUCCUCCACAAUGCUCCCUUCAAAUAUUAUCAAUAUCACUUUAUUGAUACGUAUGCAUGAAACUAAUUUCAACACUGUUAAGCCGUUUUCCAUGCACACAAACUCCAUUUUAACGUUUUUUUUUUUAAAUUUUCAAAAAAAAAUGUUUACAAAUGAGUUUGCAUGCGUGUCACCUUAUGAGCCAAAUUGCAUUACUUUAUUCAUUUCUAUGCUCAUAUCUGACAUCCUAAAUUUGUGAUGUAAUUCUCUUACUAAUUGAUAUUUUCGUAAUUCACCAGCUAGAUCUCGGUUUUGAUCGCUAACUGCAACAUGCGAGCGGCUCAUAACGACACAAAAUAUGAACCUGUUCCAAAUAAAAACUUGA